AUGUCGGGCGGCGCGGGCUUCGCGCCCGUGUACGGCAGCCAGGAGCAGUACGAGACGGGCGGCCUGCCCCCGAGCUGGGAGCGCGUGCCCGCCCACCACCACGCACCCAGCGGGACGACCACCGAGAUCUCAUCCGGCGGGCCCGCGCGCAACCUCCCGCCGAUGGGCACCUACCGCUACCCGGGGCAGAACCCGGCCGCCUACGCGGGCGCCGGGGCCCAUCCCGAUGCGGCGGCCGGCGCGUACGGCGCGUACAACGCGCCGCGCAUGGACCCGGACCAGGUUCCGCUGCGGCACAGCAGCCCGGAGAUCGAGGACUUCUCGCGCGGCUUCAACGACGCGCUGAGCCGCAUCGGCGAGGAGGACGAGAGCGACCUGUCGGGCAGCGGGAGCGGGAGCGGCAGCGGGAGCGGGAGUGGGAGUGGCAGCAGCGGCAACGUCAAUGGCCACGGGCUCGGCGGCAACGGUUACGGUAGCGGCGACCGCGAGCCCAGCGGCGAUGGGAUGCGGCCGCUGUGGCAGCAGAACAGACGGCAGUCGAGGAACAUGAUGUGGAUGUGA